AUCAGUUCUUCCUCAGUUCAUCCUCCCGUAUAAGCUCCCUGACGAGCUUGGCAGUUUCUGCAAGGAGGAGGACUAACCCAUCUGCCUGCACAGGAAGGGCCAGGAGCAAAAUCGGUCAGGGAGGCAGCGGCGGCUGUGCCACCGAACAGGGCUAUCUCCCAUUGGUUGGUCCUGUUGCUAUGGAAACGAGGGACGCUGCUGCUGCGGUGGUGCGUAGGAGCCAUUGCCGAAUUCCUCUAAUCAGCACUAUGACCAGCAGGAAGAAAGAAUUAGCUUUGCAGAUGGUUGUUAAUAAUCAGGAACUUUGGGAAGAAAUGCUGGGUUCCAAAGGUUUGAUUGUGGUAGAUGUUUAUCAAGGCUGGUGUGGACCAUGUAAAGCAGUAGUAAACCUCUUCAGGAAAAUCAGGAAUGAAUUUGGUGAUGACCUCCUUCAUUUUGCUGUGGCUGAAGUAGAUUCAGUUGAUGGCCUAGAGAAAUAUCGUGGAAAAUGUGAACCUACGUUUUUGUUUUAUGCUGGGGGAGAGUUGGUAGCAGUUGUAAGAGGAGCAAAUGCACCAUUGCUUCAGAAAACAAUUCAGGAGCAGCUAGAGGCAGAAAAGAAGGUCUUGGAUCAUGGAGCAGAUAGAGUGGUGAUCCAGGAUGAAGCGAUUCCUAAAGAAGUGAGUACUGCCAUUGAGGGAGAGGAAGAAGAGGAGGAGGAGGAAGAAGAAGCAGGUAUUUGGCUGUACUCAGUGGCAUAUAGGUAAUACCAUUUAUAUAGUUUAAAAAUUAUCCUUGGACAAGAAGGUAAGCAAUCUCUCAGAUUGGAUUUUUGCCACUGCUCUACUUUAGAUUUUGUCACUGAUAUUACUCAUCCCAGAAGGAGCAUCUUCUGGGUUUAUGUAGAUAAAUGAGGCUUGUGUUGUCAAAUUUCUUGGUAAAACUGUGAAUGCUGAGUUGCAGCAAAGUCAAAGGGACUAGGCUCCAUCGCUUAGGAAAUGUCACUUUCUCUCCUCCCAGUAUGCUUGAGAAAACCAUUCUUAUGAUAUAUUUUGGGCUAUCAUAGUACUAGGCUUAGAUGGUUAACCCCCCCCCCCGAAAAACUGAAAGAGUAUUUAAUUUUACGGUUUUAUACUGAUCCAAAAGGCCGAAGCAAUUUUACAGUGUAAAUAUCAGGCAGAUAUCCCUCCUUUGAUGUUCUUCCAGGGUCUGCUUUCUUCUUAUGCUAAUUUCCUCUCAUGCUUUCUUCCUAGAUUAAUUCACCAAUUGAUGCUUUCUGGAACUGGCUUUCUCACUAUCAUUUGGAGCUGAUGAGUAAUGUUACAGACAAGUUUUCUCUAAUAUAAGUGUAAAAAAUUAAAUGGCUACAUAUUGCCAUAAGCAGCAGCAAUGUGUUUCAGGUUGGAGUAGUCUAUGAAAAGAAUUACAGAUGUUUAGGAAAGCCUUGUUACAAAUCUGACUAUCAGGUUAAUACUAUUCAAGACAGCAUAUAUGAGGAUAUGGACAAUAGGAGAGCUUUGCUGGGCUUAUCUCAUUCAAUAUCAGAUCAAAGGCUUAUUUAACCCUGCAUCCUGUUCCCCAUAUGUGUCUAUGGAAAGGUCAAAAGCUGGGUAAGAGCACAAUAGCUUUCUGCUGCAGUUGUUCCCCUAGAAUGGGCACUCUGAGCUAUGAUGUCUCUGAUCCUACAGGCAAUAUGCAAACAUCAUAAUCUGUAGCCACUGAUAGAUUUAUCUUCCAUCAUGAUGAUGAUGCGUGCCACACAGGUUUGUCAUGUACCUAGUGUGGUGUCCUCAGGUGCGCUGGGGAAGACUAUCCUGUUGUCAUGUACAAUUGUCGGUCUAGUCAGCUUUUGUACAUGGGCACAUCAUCUUGUCCUGUGCCAGAGGCAGCAAAAUGUCUUGGGUCAGGCCUGUCUCUGAUUGAACCCUGGAUUAAAGGCUUUCCAAACGGAACAGAGUUGAUAUAACAGUUCUGCAAACCCUUUGGAUAUAUGUGAAUGAGCAAAACUGUAAACUUGCUGAAGAAACUGUAAACUUUCACAACAGAAAUGUUAUGAUUGAUCUUGCACAGUGUUGGUUUUGUCACUGGAAUCAAUUUUCUAAGCUUAGUAGGGACUGAAAGAUUUAUCAACAUGUGAAUUUACAGUGGCUGUGUUGAAUUCUGAUAUGGUGGCUCAUGCGGUACUUGCCGGAUUGGAAGUGUGACUUUUUGUGAGACUGGGAAACCACUAAAUGCACAUUUGCUUCUUGUGGUUAUUAUUAUCAGUGACUCAUGCAUUUUCUGGCAUUGCUUUUCUCUUUGAGAAUACUUGCACCUGAUUACUGUUUUAAUAAAGAAAUUCAAGUAAUUA